CGCAAAAUCAUCAACUCUUCCUGUCUGAGCAAUCGACGUAGCGACCCAGUGAAUAUCUUUGCUGUUAGCUGGUACCCCUUCGACCUUGACUCUAUGGUGCAAAACUGUACAAACGAAUAACUAUAUUCAAGCAUUUUUCUUGUCUUUCUCUUUUCUUCUUCUUUUUUCCGGUCCCCAAGCCGUGGCAUCAUGUCGUCCCAGACCUUUGAUCAGUUCAUCAGGUUUACAACUGAUUCCGUUGGCCUUGAACGCACAUUUCGUCUCUUUCAAUCUCUGGCCCAGAUACUUUCAUCAUAUCCAGUUCUACUCAGCCUCUUCCUCUCCUUGCUAGACAAGAGCACCACUACGACCAAAUCAUACUCUCAAUCUUACAUAAUCCUUGCGGACAUACGCCAACGCCUCGGUCUGGCCCGGCGUUUCUUUCGCGUUUUUCGUUUCCUGGAUUCUUUCAACUCGGCACAGAAGCUUUACGUUACCAUCAAUCCGUCACUAGCCUCAUCAAAUUCUCCGAAACGACCGCUAUGGGUCCACCUGGAAGUGUACAUAGACGUUCUAGGUCGCACAUUCAACGGAAUGUACCUUCUUCUUGAGACUAGCACCAUGAUUGACGCACUACAGGUCGAGGGCCUGCGCCUAUGGACACAUGAGUGGGAACGCGUCAUCAUAGUCGAGGCCCAGCGUUUCUGGCUCUUUGCUCUGGUCUGCGGGGUGCUUUCCGGUUUGUUAAAAGUGUUGAAGACAUUGGCGUAUACACCUGUGCCUGCGAGUGGCGAUGUGACACAGAGCGCAAAGGUCGAUGAGGAUGAAAAAUCAAAAGCGGAAUCUAUUCCUGAGGAGAAGAACGUGGCAGAGGAGUUUGACGUCAAGAAGGAACAGCAGCGGCUUAGAGGUCUUGUCAAAGAUUCUAGGAAGAAAAGGGUACUGUGGGUGCGAGAGGUAAAGGCCAAGUUACACGGCUUGGGUAGGAGUAUCGUCGCAAAUGCGCUUGAUAUCGUGUUGCCUGGAACCGUGGUGGGUUGGAUUGAGGCUGACCAGGGAGUGGUGGGUAUAGCCAUGUUCAUUACGACGAUAUUAACAGGGUUGGAUGUCUGGGAGAGAUGCGGGCGGGAAGUUGCUGCCACCCAGUGAUUAUUUGAGAGAAUAAGUUGGAAACACACUGCAAAGAAACCGGGAUUUUGUAUACACGAUAGACAUGAUGGAGUAUUUCUUUUUACAAGACUAGAAAGCCUACGUAGAAGCCGAACGAUAGAAGCAUAGAUUCAGAGCUUAAAAUAUCCAUGGCGCUAGGAGGUGAUCUAUAGCGAUACCGAAUCGCAUUU